UUGCUCUCCUCCAUUCAGCCCCACUUUUGCAGGGACACAAAACCGGGCUCCUUCCCGCCAGACCCCGCAUUCUUGCCUAAUAAGGCUCCGCGUCUUCUCAAAGUAGGGAAGAGAGAGUCAGAGAGAGAGAGAAAGAGAAAGAGAGAAAGAGAAGGGACCCGGGUGGCGCGUGGGUGGGUUUGUGUCUUGGCUUGUUGUUUGGAUGGUGUCCCCGGAGGCGGCGGAGGGAGUCUCUCACUUGCUCGGCAGCAGCGAAAGCAGCCCAGACCCAAGGCGCGCGCUCUUAACAUGGCAGACAUGAAACUGGUGUCUACGAGAAUCUCGAAAGCCUCCUUGACACUGGAACACUCUUCCCUAAGACCUCCUGCUCCAACAGAACCACCUGCAUUCACUUUACCCCCAAGAAAUAUUCGAGUGCCACUUGGAGGAACAGCCAAAUUUGAAGGAAAGGUCAGAGGCAACCCAGAACCUCAGGUCACGUGGUACAGAAAUGGGCAUCUCCUGGUGCAGGGAGAACGUUGCGUGGUGGACUGCAGCAUUCGAGGACUCUUCACUUUGACAAUCAAAGGGGUGCAGGAGGGAGAUGGUGGCCCAUACACCUGUGAGGCCAGAAAUGCUGGUGGCCUUCGCCAGGUGACAGUGGAAUUAACAGUGGAAGGAACUGUUUUGAAGAAGUACAACCUGCCUUCCAGUGCCAAAGUUUCUGGUGGUAGACUUACUGUUCCACCUGUAGAGCAACGGCCAAGUAUCUGGGGUGAAUGUCCACCAAAGUUUGCUACAAAACCCAAUCGAGUCAUUUUGCGAGAGGGUCAGACUGGUAAAUUCUCCUGCAAGAUAACAGGAAGACCUCAGCCUCAAGUCACUUGGUUCAAAGGUGAAAUUCAGGUGCAGAAGAAAGAUCGUUUCAACAUGUUUGAAAAAGCAGGCAUCCAGUUUUUGGAGAUCCAAAAUGCUCAGCUGGCUGAUGCUGGAACGUACACUUGCAAUGUGAUGAAUAGUGCUGGGAAAGUUUCUAUGUCUGCAGAGCUCAUGGUUCAAGGUUCGAUUAAGAAAGAUGCGUAUGCUCACCCUCUUUGCACAACAGCAAAAUCCAGUGCCUCUAUACAACCCACCAUCACGACCAAAGCUGUUAACACAUCAGAGUUCAAAAAAGCCACCAGCAAUGGGAUUACCAAAGAACUCAAAUCCACAUCCACAGAACUUUUGCUUGAAUCCAAAGAAAGGCCUGUCAUGAAGCAAGAUCCCCCACCUGCCUCAUCAAAUGAGACCAAACUAAGCACAUCAGAAAAGGUAAAGGAACCCAGUAUAGAACCACUUAAAGAAGAAGGGAGAGUCUGCCAGGUUCUACAAAAAACAUCAAGCACCAUAACACUACAACCUGUUAAAGUACAAACUGGACCAAGGACAGAAGUGAAAGCAGCUAACUCUAGACAGGAAGAUGACGAUAAAAAGCCUAAACAGUUACUGACAGCAAACUGGAAGGGCACCACUUCUGCCAAGCUAAGUGGUCUGAGAACUAAGGAGCCAGAAGAACGGCUUGGGCUUAAAAAAAGCAUAACUGAAGUAAAAAGGGAGCCUCAAGGGAUUCCUCCCCAGUUUGAAUGUCGCCCGCAAAGCCAGGAAGCACUGGAAGGAGAAGAAGUUACUUUCAGAUGCAAAGUUUCAGGGAAACCGAAGGCAAAUGUUGAAUGGUUGAAAGAGGGAGCCCCAGUGGAAGCAGGAGAUGGAAUCCAGAUAUGUGAAGAGGAUGGGAUCCAUUUUUUGUGUCUGAAAAAAAUCCAGCUGGAAAACAGUGGUUCUUACUGUUGCACAGCUACCAAUACUCAAGGCCAGGCUUCAACAAGGUGGAUUUUAACUGUAAAAAGGCCUAAAGUGAAAGACGUUGCUCCCCAUUUUUCCAGUGUAUUGACAUCUUGCAGCGUGAGUGAAGGACAGGAUUUUGUGCUCGAGUGUUCAGUUGAGGGGGUGCCAAUGCCACAAAUCACUUGGCUCCUCAAUGAUCGGCCGAUUCAGUAUGCACAUUCUGUCUUUGAAGAUGGCAUUGCAAAGUUGACUGUUCAAGAUGCCUUACCAGAAGAUGAUGGGCUUUACACUUGUUUGGCAGAAAAUAAUGCUGGAAGAGCAUCCUGCAGUGCUCAAGUUACUGUCAAAGAAAGAAGAAACAGAAACAAAUUGGAAAAAACACAUCCUGCCUCAGCCAACAAAACUUUUCCUCCAGUUUUCCUUCGAGGUCUAAGUGAUCUCAAGGUGAUGGAUGGCAGCCAAGUGAUUAUGACAGUAGAAGUUUCAGCUAAUCCACCUCCUGAAAUAAUUUGGCUGCACAAUGGGAAAGAAAUCCAGGAAACAGAGGAUUUUCAUUUUGAGAAGAAGGGCAAUGAAUAUAGCCUGUAUAUCCAAGAGGUAUUCCCUGAGGACACGGGAAAGUAUACCUGCGAGGCCUGGAACGACCUAGGAGAAAUUCAGACUGAAGCAACACUGACGGUGCAAGAACCUCAGGAUGGCAUUCAACCAUGGUUCAUUAGCAAGCCAAGGUCAGUAACAGCACCACCUGGGCAGAACGUCCUUAUUUCUUGUGCCAUUGCUGGAGACCCCUUCCCUACGGUUCACUGGUUCAAAGAUGGGCAGGAAGUGACUGCAGGAGGAAGCUAUGAAUUUCUACAGAAUGAAGACAUUUUCACAUUGAUUAUAAGGAAUGUGCAAAUCUGUCAUGCUGGCCAGUAUGAAAUACAGCUCAGGAACCAUGUUGGAGAAUGCAGCUGUCAGGUGUCUUUAAAACUGAGAGAAAGUGUAGUUUCCAAAGGAGAGAUACACAGCAAUGGGAGGCAGACAGAGCGAAGAGAUGCUAAUAAUCACAAUGCACUGACAUUUGGAAGCAUUGGUGGCUCCAGAAGGAAUACCAUUGAAACCCAGCAAGUUGAGGAAGAGCAGGAGGACGUCCGUGGGGUGCUUAAAAGGAAAGUAGAAACUCGAGAGAGUACAGAGGAGAAGCUGAGGCAACAGGAGGCUGAGCAGAUUGACUUCCGUGACAUUUUGGCAAAGAAAGUCAGCACCAAAAGUUUUUCUGAGGAGGAGCUGAAAGAAAUCCCAGCUGAACAAAUGGACUUCCGUGCCAACCUGCAGCGGCAGGUCAAGCCCAAGACCUUGUCUGAAGAGGAAAGGAAGGUCCAUACUCCUCAACAGGUGGACUUCCGGGCUGUGUUGGCUAAGAAGGGCACACCUAAGCCUUCCUUGCCAGAGAAGGCGCCAGCUCCUAAGCCAGCUGCUCCGGAUUUUAGAUCUGUACUUGGGGCAAAGAAAAAAGCGCCUACUGAGAAUGGUGGCCUAGAUGCCCAAGCUCAGAAUGCCAACGCCAGCGUGGAAGCACAGAAACCCGGCCCUAUCUCCAAAGCAUCAGGUGCCGGCACCAACUCUAAGAAUCCACCAGCAUCCAAACCACUGGACAAUAAAAAUGCCACCUCUAAAGUACCAGGCACGAAGAUAGUUUCGGAAGCCAAAGAUGCCGUUUCCAAAUCUAAAGCUCAGAAUGCCAUUAUUAACUCUGAAGCACAAGGUGCAAGCACCAACUCUGAAAUACCGCAUCCCAAACAGGGAGAGAAAGAGGAGAAUGACAUCAGCUGCAAAAGUGGUUGCCUACCAAUAGCAGAUGGACAGUUAAAUGAAGAGAAAGUAAAGGAUACCAGAACAGAGCCUAAGGGGUCAGCACCAUCCUUUACUGAGAAGCUGCAAGAUACCCGUGUGGCAGAAGGUGAAAAAUUAGUCUUGCAGUGUCAGGUUUCGUCAGAUCCACCUGCUACAAUCACCUGGACUUUGGAUGGAAAGGUCAUCAAAUCAUCAAAGUUCAUUGUUCUCGCCCAAGAAGGAUCACUGUGCUCACUAACGAUUGACAAGGCGUUUCCUGAAGAUGAAGGCCAGUACAAAUGCAUAGCUGAGAAUGCUUCAGGAAAAUCAGAGUGUGCAUGCAGUGUAUUGGUGGAAGAGUCUUCAAAGUCAACUGAAAAGAAGACCAAAAAGCCAAAGAGUUCUCUGUCUCCUGUGCUUUCAACAGAGAGCGAGGCCACAGUAAAGAAGAAACCGGCUUCAAAGACUCCGCCCAAAGCAGCUGUUCCCCCACAAAUCGUUCAGUUUCCAGAAGACCAAAAAGUGCGGGCAGGUGAAUCAGUGGAGCUGUUGUGCAAAGUAGCAGGAACUUCACCCUUAACAUGUACCUGGAUGAAAUUUCGGAAGCAGAUCCAAGAAAAUGAACACAUCAAAAUUGAGAAUGCUGAGAAUAGCAGUAAGCUAACUAUUUCCUCCACAAAGCAUGAACACUGCGGAUGUUAUACUUUAGUCGUAGAAAACAAACAGGGCAGCAGACAAGCCCAGGUUAAUCUUACUAUUGUAGAUAAACCCGAUCCUCCAGCGGGAACACCUUGUGCGUCAGACAUCAGGAGUUCUUCCCUCACCUUGUCAUGGUAUGGUUCUUCUUAUGAUGGUGGAAGUGCAGUGCAGUCCUAUACUGUGGAAAUCUGGAACUCAGUGGACAAGAAAUGGACAGAUCUCACAACCUGCCGUAGUACUUCCUACAAUGUCCAGGACCUGUUGCCUGACAGGGAGUACAAAUUCCAGAUCCGAGCUGCUAAUGUGUAUGGAAUAAGUGAGCCAAGUCAUGAAUCUGAGCCAGUAAAAGUAGGAGAGAAGCAAGAAGGUCCCAAAGAGGAAGAAGAGCAAGCCGAAGCAUCAGAUGAUGAAGAGAAAGAAACAGAGGUUGAUUAUCGGACUGUGACUAUCAACACAGAACAAAAGGUUACAGAAUUCUACAAUAUAGAAGAAAAAUUAGGAUCGGGGAAAUUCGGACAGGUUUUCCGGAUUGUGGAAAAGAAAACUGGAAAAGUUUGGGCAGGGAAAUUUUUCAAAGCCUAUUCAGCUAAAGACAAGGAAAACAUAAGGCAAGAGAUUGGCAUUAUGAAUUGCCUGCACCAUCCAAAGCUUGUCCAAUGUGUAGAUGCCUUUGAAGAGAAAGCAAACAUUGUCAUGGUCUUAGAACUUGUUUCUGGCGGAGAACUCUUUGAGAGAAUCAUCGAUGAGGACUUUGAACUAACAGAGAGGGAGUGCAUUAAAUACAUGAAACAGAUCUCAGAAGGCGUGCAGUACAUUCAUAAGCAGGCCAUUGUUCAUCUGGAUUUGAAGCCUGAAAAUAUUAUGUGUGUCAACAAGACUGGCACAAGCAUCAAGCUAAUUGACUUCGGACUUGCACGAAGACUAGAAAAUACAGGUUCUCUGAAGGUCCUCUUUGGGACACCAGAGUUUGUGGCGCCAGAAGUUAUAAACUAUGAGCCUAUUGGGUAUGCUACAGACAUGUGGAGCAUAGGAGUCAUCUGCUAUAUCUUAGUCAGUGGGCUUUCCCCUUUCAUGGGUGACAAUGACAAUGAGACUUUAGCCAAUGUCACCUCCGCCACUUGGGAUUUUGAUGAUGAAGCUUUUGAUGAAAUCUCUGAUGAUGCCAAGGACUUCAUAAGCAACCUUCUAAAGAAAGAUAUGAAGGACCGUUUAGAUUGUACUCAAUGCCUUCAGCAUACUUGGCUGCAAAAAGACACCAAAACUAUGGAAGCCAAAAAACUGUCCAAAGAUAGAAUGAAAAAGUACAUGGCCAGAAGAAAAUGGCAGAAAACAGGAAAUGCUGUCCGUGCCAUUGGAAGGCUGUCUUCUCUGGCACAGAUGUCUGGCCUCAGUGGGAGGAAGUCAUCUUCAACUUCACCAACCAGUCCUGUUAAUACAGAGAAGAUCGAAGCUGAAGAUGAGGCUGCCAACGCUCUCCUGGAAGCGGUUGAUGAAGAAAGGUCCCAUGUGAAACCAUAUUUCUCUAAAACAAUUCAAGAUACAGAAGUCGUGGAAGGCAGUGCUGCCAGAUUUGACUGCAAAAUUGAAGGUUUCCCUGACCCAGAGGUAAUUUGGUACAAAGAUGAUCAAUCUAUCAAGGAGUCCCGACACUUCCAGAUAGACUAUGACGAGGAUGGCAACUGCUCUUUGAUCAUUUCUGAAGUUUGUGGGGACGAUGAUGGCAAAUAUACUUGCAAGGCAGUGAACUGCCUUGGAGAAGUGACUUGUCUUGCAGACCUCAUGGUGGAAACAAUGGGGAAAGAAGGAGAAGAGGAGGAGGAAGAGGAGGAAGAGGAAGAAGAAUGAAUUUAAAGUGAAUGACCAAGAGAUUGGAGCAAUCACCCAGCAAAAGACUUUUUUCCCAGGCUCAAGCACUGUGACAUUAGGUCAUGAAUUUCUUGAUUUGUUUCAUCAGCACAAGGAGCUGACACCCGUUUGUGUUAUUUAUGGGCAUUAACUUGAAUUAGCAAGCACUUUAGGUGGCUGUUGUGCUUGGAUUUAGUUUAAGUUAAAGCAUAGCCCAAACGAAUGAAUGUGAGCACACCACAUGAAGCUCAUCUAUUACUUUAGGCAUAGUCAACAAGUUAUUUGUUGGGGGGAAAACAGUAAACAGAAGGAGUUUCCAUAAGUGCACUAAUUGUUUCAUCAACCAGUACAGCAAAAGUGAGAAUUUGGAAUACCUGAACAAUGAUCCUCUUAAAUACAUUUAUGCAUUAUACUUGCCUCAUUGGUAUCACAUGAUAUCAUUUUGAGCUUUCAUGAAUGCAAGUGUGUUUUUAGUUCAGCGAAGCACAAUCCAUCAGCAGGAUUAUUAGCAAAAUACCCCUUGAAGGGAUAGGAACAGAACAAUAAAACUGGCGGAUAGUGUCCUUGGACCCUAUUGGACUCUCACAGUGCCCCAUAGCACAAUUGUAGCAGAUUUGUAAGUGAAGCCCCCUCCCCCCCCCAAAAAAAAGAACCCCCAAAACAUUUCAGUAUUUACACUGAAAGUGUUUUGCGUCAUUAUUAGCCUUUCCUUUGAGCCUUUAAGAAUUGUAAUUUUAAAUUAAAAUACCUUGGUUUGAGCCAAUGUUGUUAUCAUUGGAGUUAAGGAAGCUGGUCUAUCUUAAAUCAUGGUGUUUCAGACCAACUUCUGUCAAUCACAAAUUGUCCUGCUCUGAAAAUGUAAGGGGACAAUUUUCCAUUAAUUUGCUUUUGCUGUAGCUGAGUGUUGGGCCUUUCCUUCCUCAUCUGAGAAUGAUUCCCCAUAAGUGCCAAUUCUUACAACUAUGUCAGCAACAGCAGAAAAAAAGCCAACGUCUGUCAAGUAUUCAACCAAAUCACAGUGGCACGUUCAAGAUUUGGCACAUCACAACAAAUUCAAAUGUGUGUUGGCACUGCUGUCAUCGAAUAUGAAUUCUGCAGAUAUCAAUGGCUUUCCCUGGCUACAAGGUCAUAGUACCAAUAGGCUUUUUCCUCUGGCUGCCAUCAGCAGAGUUAUGAAAAUCGGUCCCAUGUUUCUCAUCCUUCCUGGGCAGGGUGACAUAUUGAGUACAGAAAGUACAUUCUGUAGUGCUAUUGCAGAUCAAUAUUUUGCAGAGGUCAGUGCCUCUCAGGUUUUUAGCCUAUUUCUUUUAGUUUUAUUUGGCUACUAUACGUUUAUUCUUUUCAUGACAGGCCAGAAACUGGAUUAGCCAAGGAAAGAGAGCCUGGGGAGUUCAAGCUUCUCUACAAUUUCCACAGAUUAGCUUUGAAGCCUAUCUUAAUGCAAGAAACCAGCAUAACUAAUGGUUAAACAAUGAUCUCUCUCCUCAACUAAUUCAUACAUUCAGAUUUGUUCAUUUUGUUUCUCUUUCACAAUUUCACAAGCCAGGGGCCAUGAAACAUUACACAAAAUCAAACAACAGUACAUGUCUACUCUCAUUGCAUCAUUCCAGUUGUGUGACCUUCCCCCCCACUUUAUGAGCAACAUGCAAAUAUUUAAAUAUAACAGUUGACUUAAAAAAAUACACACACAAAAAAAGCUUUUUUCGCUCAUUGAAGCAAAGUGGGGGGACUAAGUGUACUUUAUUACAGAUGUAUACGGUAUCAUCUUUAGAUUGUUUGAUAUUACCUAGUCUUACAUGUUCUAGAUUAUUUGCUCCUCUGCCUGUUUGAAUGCAACAAUUCAACAUUUCAUAUAUGAUGCACACUCACAAUUGCUGUGGGUUUUUAUAACUGCUUGUGCUGUUUUCCGCUCGGUUGAGGUUACCAGCAUGUCUUCUUUUUGAAUGGAUAAAGAACUUUGUAAUAGUAAGACACAAUUAUUGCCAGUUUGCCACACGCUCUUAUAAGGAAAGGAUUAUAUUAUUAUUUAGUGCAGGAGUGGGAAUUAUAUAGCUCCCCCCCCCCCAAAAAAAAAAUGUUGUUGAACUGCAGUUUCCAAGAGUUCCAGCCAACCCUGGCCGAAGGUGAGGAACGUUGGGAGUUGAAGUUCAGUGACAUUGACAGCUCUCCAUGAUUCCCAUCCCUGCUUUAGUGCAUACAGAGCGUUUUCUCACAUGUUUUCAACGUGUUAAGAAAAGAAUGGGGUGUAUUUUUUGUGUAUACCUUAAUUAAAAAAAUAUUCAGAUGUUUUCCAGGUUUCUGAAGCCAAAAGAGCUGCAAGAUAUGAGAACACUACAAUUGUAGUUACUCACAAUUUCUCAAUAAACAAAUACCACAAAGCA